UCAUGCUUUUAGGAUAAUUUUUAAACGAAUCGUGAAAAUUCAAGAACACAAGCUUGGCAAAGUAACGAAUUCAGUCAGCAAGUUGCGUGCGCAUGAGCUACAUUAUACAAAUAUCAAAACAAAUAAUAUUAAUGUCACAGAUAAAAGUCACGAACAAGUCAAGGCAAGCAGCAAUAGAAUCGCGGGCGUGUAGUUGAUAAUUAUUUCUUUGCUUCCGCAGAUCGUACAAAGUGCAAUUGUAACAAACGCUCUUUUUAUACAAUUUUAGUGAAUAAUGCAAAUUAUUCAUAGUGAAUUAUUCAUAGUGGAUUCAUAGCGACGCGAUGGUGAAGCGCAAGCAUAAAAGACGACUGCGACAGAAGACCAAAUUUCAGAAAACCUUUCGAGAAAAUGCCGGUUCGAAGAAUCGUGAUGAAGAAAGCGACGCGUCCGUUCAACGUUCUCCGGAAGCGGUGCUGUACGAAUCGCCACACAGGGAUCUGCUGUGCAACGAGAAGCUCAGUCCUGAGAUUAUCCCGAAACGAUCGAGAAUAAGAUUACUGAGAGCGAAAGCCUACGAAGACGACGCGGAAGUUGAAGAUGAGAUCGCCGCGCGGAAUAUUGAACUGUCGAAUUCGAGUUUACUCAAGCGUCACGAGUCGAAGUGCAAUUACAAACACGAUAUUAAAUCUACAAGUGAUUUUCCACAUUUGGAAGACUAUCCCAAGCGUGACAUUGGCGGAUCAGUCGUUGGCGAGACGUUUGAUUCAGCGAACUGUUAUUCGUUCCGUUCGUUAUUUUUAAAAAAGGAACAAAGCAGCGAUAAAAGCGCGGACGAUGCGCCUAAAAAUAUUUCGCAAUUGCCGACAUUUUACUCCGACUUGGAAUCCCGAUUGCGCAAUAAUAUAUACAUUUUUACGGGCGACGUUUCGGCACACGCAAAUUCCGAUAGAAAGAAUGGCGGACGAUCUUUCGAGAAAAGAUCGCAGCAGGAGGAUCGCUGUAAGCCUGAAACAAUAAAGAGUUUUUAUUCAUUGGACAAGGCGCUUUCGAUAAAUAAUGAUUUAAUCUGUCAGAAUAAUUAUCUCGAGAAACAGCCAUCGGCGAUCAUCGCUAGUCAUUUCACUGUGAAGAAGUCUUCGUCGAUCGCGGACUUGCAGAGCGAGUCGCUCGACAGAUUUAUACUCGCUAGAUCAUCACUCUGCGAAUCCGUCGAAAGAAACGAUGGAUUGCGAGAUAAAGCAGACAAGAGUAGGAAACGCAGAUCGGAUAACAAUGAGCGAUUCGACGCCGAGACGUUCGGCGAACGUGUCACAAAUUGGCACGAGCUCGGGAAGAUUUUCUCGUAUUUGUGGCGAAUAACCAAGAAGCUACGCGGCCAAGACACAGAGCGUGGUGCGUCCUUUAUAACCAAGUACAAGAAAUUCAUCGAUGACCGAUGGCGCUCUUGCACCUCCACCACGACCUUAUCGUCGGUGUCCACGUUCCUCGCGCCCUCGCCAUUACCGAGUGACGCAAAUAACGACGGAAACCCGAUUACCUAUCGAUCCCUGCUCGCGAAAGAAGAUCGCGAGUCCAAAGAAUCGGACUUGGAAACGGAGAAUAUCGAAUACUUUGGGAUUCAAUCGGGAUCCACGACGCCCUGCAGCGGAUCACCGCCGCCGGCAAAACGCUGCCGAACAACCCUGACGUUCGAGGACGAGACGGUGGAAGAGCAGAGGCAACCGGCGAAUCGAGCGGAAAUUACGGAUCCCUUCUUUAAAAAAGGAAGGAAGAGCGAGGAACGCUCGUUUCCGCUAAAUUUGCCGUCGUGCGAAGAAACGCCGCACUGGAACAUUCCGAAAUCGACCUUCCUUCCUGACGUCGACCCGUCCGCUGUGCCCGAUUACGAUAAUUGCGAAAACGCACAGCAACAAAAGAGAUAUCAAGAUGACGCCUAUAAACAGGGUAUGUCACGAAGCACUGCUACGACACGAAACUCUCGAGACCGAAGAAACGUGCCCCGCGCGAUAAUUACAUGGAUGAUUGCUCUCUGCAUGUGGCUAAAAAGGAAGCUGCUGCAUCUACUAAAUAGCGCUUACAGGAAAGUACAGAUGAUAAACUCAUUUUUAACAAAAAAAUCUCCUCGGACGAAGAAUCUCUCGGAGGAAGAACGAAUUAAUUAUCUGGUAACGACGUUGCAUUUUGAAAACGAGAAGACGCUGUGCGCACUGUCGGUGAAAAUGACACGACUUUCAACAGAUCUCGUUCAGAUACGAACGAGCAUUGAAACCGAAAUGAACGUCCUUCGUGAAGCCAAUAAAAAAAUAGUCGAGAACAAUGCAACGAUGAUGCAGGAGUUGAAAAAAUUGCACGAAAUAUUGGAGAAAAUGCAAUCAAAAUCCCCGCAAUCGAUUCCCUUAUCCUCUUCGUUCCCUUCCUAUCCUCCGCCUCCUCCCCCGCCGCCUCUUCCUCUGUCCGUCCCGCCAUCCUCCUUGACAUUUCCCCUGAAAACACAGGACUCAAAAUUAACAAUGUAUGGAUCACCACCCUGUCUUCAGCCCCUUUCUUCAGCAUCCGUGCAAUCAACGAUGUCGUUGACACAACCGACAACUCCCAAUAGCAGUAAAAGUAACAAAAUCAGUACGCCUACAAGGAAGUGCUUCACGCCGUCGUCCAACAGGCCGCGCAUCACCGUCGAGGAUCUCCUGAAAGUCACCUUAAGAAAAGCUCCUCAAAGUGCCAAGGAAAAUAGACGAAACUCUAUACAAGGUCCGGCCGUGUCUCUGGAGAUGCUGCGCAACGUGAAGCUCAAAUCUACCAAACGCAGAUCUUGUGAUCAGACCGGAAGAUCACCGAGAAGCCGAAUCAUGAAAAAUCGAACCGCGUCGAAUAUCAAUCUUUCGCCGAUUCUAACUGGAUCAGAACAGAAUCUGGAACGAAUUUUACGACAGGUAAAACUGACCCGACCGAGGAGACUUAUCAUCGAAUCGAGUAGCUUCCAGGAUGAUUUCGUGAAGGAGACGCAGUCACUCGAAACGCUAACGCACAGUUAGUCGCAAUCUAGAUUUGAUCAAUUCUAGUAUCAAAAAAUUUCUCAUUUUUAAUUGUCUAAAAUUUCAAUUAACCGAAGACGUAUCACAAUUCGUGGUAUAAAACUCUGAAGAGCUCUGAGCUCAUUGUUUUAAAUAGUUUCUCCACAAUUGGCUGGCUGAGAACUUAAAGCGACGUUUUUAAUAUAAAAUUAUACCCAAAGCAUAGAUUCGUAAUUACUUUAUUUGUAGCUUUCAUGUGUGUGGUUUUACAGAAAAAAGAUUGUAUCCGGUGUAAUCGCAUCGAUUGUAAUACAGAGCGUAAGAAUGCAUGCGGAUCCAAAAAACGCAAAAAUUGGCUUCUCCGAACGAUGAUGAAUCGUGUCGCUUCGCUUUAUUAUUCGCUCAUAACGAUCAAUUCAAUUCACAAGUGCCGAACUCCCUUCAAAUAACAAUAACGCAAGCAUUAUGAUAAAAAUACGCUGUUUAGAAUCGAAAAUUUCGAACGCAUGCAGCAACGAAAGAGCGAGAUCGGACAGAUUCAAGGAUGUUCGUAAAUAAAAUUUACAUUAUUUUGGAAAUGGAUCUGAAUAGCCUCUCCGACCUACAUCCUGUGAACGAACGAUCAAGUUGAGAAUUCAUCGGCAUUCAGAGACUUGUCAUCAUUCGUUGCUACUUCCUCCUUUCUUCGAUACGCGUUUACGCGCCCAAAUUUCUCAAAAAACGCAAUUUGCCGCACAGAAUACACGCCAUGUACGUGAAAUAUAUUCAUAUGCAUUACAUAUGUAUCUACAUACGCACAUAAACGUAUGUACAUACAUAUGCUCGUGCGUUUUACAGCCUGCGACGGCAUCCGUCGCGCUCCGCAAGUUCUUAACUUAGAGCUUUGUUUACCUUGCAUACGAUUUUUCGCGCGAUUUAAUCUCCUCGGUUAUAAGCGACUCGAUAUCAUCAUAUACUCGAGUUGAUUCUGCACGCCGCUCGGAUGAUCCCUCGCGUCGAGAUUAUUUCUUUUUUUUUUUUGGGUUUCUUUUCGUUUUUUUUUUAUCCUACUUAUUACGCUCUUACAAUUACAUUCGCAAAUAUGCUUACUUAUUUUACGCGAGAGCCGGUUGAUAUUACUUUGAGUUUAUUCCUCAUAACGUAUCAUUUGUAACAUGAUUAUCGAUUUUUUUUUUUAUUGUUACAAUACCUAAAUACAGGGGCACGAUGGACACCAAUUUUUUUUCUGCUUUUCUUCCGCGCCGAGUUUGCGAUCCGCGCUUUUUCCCGCCGGAUUUAUCACUCCCUUCGUGUUGUUAAAACGCCUCGCUUCUUUGCUGCGCUUAAAAUUCGGCGUCUCCGGUAUCAUCGUCUCCUCUCCGUCGCGAUAUCAGCGAGAAAACUGAGCGAGCUUAAAUGGAUUUUGGUAGUUCUAGCUCUAUAGUAAGUAGAUAAGUUUAAUACGUAAAAUGGUCGAUAAUUCUAGCUAAAGCCUUGCCUCGCCGGUCUGAAGAAAGGAUAUCAUUUUUUUUUGUUUUGUGUUUUGCACUGUAAAUCUACAAUCCCGAUAGAGACUCCUUAUUACAAGAAGAACAAUGGAAUGUGUGUCUCAACGUAAAAAUCGUAAAAGUCGAUGGAAUGGCUCGUCCAUGGAUCAGCGAAUGGAUAAUUACAAACACGGAUCGACUAUCGUCUAUCCGGAUGGAAAAGACGAAGAUACAGAGAGAUGUAUGGUCUGUCUAUCUGUACGCGCGUGUGUGUGUGUGUGUUUCUGUAUGUCUGUAUAGAGUGUAUGUACGUGUGUGCGGGUGGAAAAAGUCGGGGUACAGUCAUUUAUUCUGUCACUUCUUAUACCACAGCAAUCGAUAUUAGUUUACACAACGGGCGUAUGAAAACGUACAACCACAUUACAGACUAGCUAGAUAGUUACUUGUUUGCUGUGAGUAACGUAAUGCUAAAGAGGCUCACCUACGAUAACGUAAUCUUUUCAUCUUUUUUUCCCCUUCUUUCUUUCGUUUUUUUUUUUCCUUUUUUUCCCGUCUGUCAAUUACGCGACGCCGCGCGUCGCGAGCUGACGCGAUGAAGACGCGCUCGCUUUGGAAAGAUGCGCCAGGGA